AUGGCUGAAUCACAGGUCUUGCCUCGUGGCCAAGGCGAGCAGCGAGAAGGAGGCGGAGGCGGAGGUGGCUUCAGUUUCAACAAGCUCAUUCUUGGUGGCGCCAUCUACUUUGGUCUCAAUGCGGCUAUGAACUUUGCAAUGAAGAAGGACCAGAAGGGAGUUACCGUCACCAACCCCGACACUGGCGAGGCCAUCGUGGUUCCCGGCAAUGUUGAGGGCAUCCCGCCUUUCGAACUUCGACCGAAGGAGAUCUUUGACUAUCUCACAUACCGAGAGAUCCCCAAAAACGUCGCGCCUAUCUGGCCUCAAGACGCCCACGUCGAUAUCACCGUCACCCUCUCACAAUCCUUCAACCCGGUUCCCAUCUCGUCCGUCCCCGAGGAAUAUCUCGUGCUCCAAGAGAAGGAGUUUCACCUCAGCAACAAGACCGACAAGCGAACGAUCGAGACCAAGUUUACCGUUCCACCCGCUGUUCAGCACAAUGGCACUCUUUGGGGGCACUUCUAUAUUGGUCUUCCCGGAAGCAAGCUCGACCCUAAGGAGCCCGGCUACGAUACUGGCAAGGCGUACUACUUUACUUGGCCAUUGACUCAAUAUCUUCCCAAGAAAAAGGUUGCAAAGACCCGAAACCUGCUGGAGGACAUGCCCAAGCAUGACGAUGAACCCGAGGACGAGGAGCCAACCGGACCCAUCAUUGCCAACUACUACCACCCCAACGCAAGCUUCUCUUUUAUUCCGGAUAUGGGCGUUAAGGAUUUUGCCUCGGUUGCAGGACAAAUGCGGCAAUACAUGCGACUUGAGGCCACUGGUGCUCGAGAUCGUUCGGGCCAACAUGGCUGGUACUAUCCUGUCCUCUUUGUAAACACCUUCUGGCAAUUGACAAACCAGAUGACUCUUCUUAACGAUACCGUCAAGGAGCUUCCUCUUCGCAUUGAUCUCAACAACCUGGCAAGCUGGCAAUUCCAGCUCAUGUCCACCAUGGAGACCAACUCCAAGGAGGCUGCCAGGCAGGCCGCGUUCGGCGGUUCGCUCCCUGGCGGUGGUGAUGGCACCGAAAUCGAAAUGAUUAAGGAAAUAUUCCUCGACUCGAACCCUUACUUGCUCGGUGUUACCAUAGUAGUUAGCAUUCUGCAUAUGAUUCUCGAGACCCUUGCUUUUGGAUCCGACAUUGCCCAUUAUCGUAAGAAGAAGGACAACGUUGGUAUCUCGGUUCGCUCCAUCUUGGCCAAUGUCUUUAUGCAAGCCGUCAUCUUCUUGUACCUCCUUGACAACUCGCAGAACACCAGCUGGAUGAUUCUGGGAUCUCAGGUCGUGGGUAUAGUCAUUGAGUUCUGGAAGAUUACCACCGUUGUCAACGUUCGCGUCCGCCCUGGCGCACCUGGAUCACUUCUACCUUACACUAUCACGUUUGAGGACAAGCAGAAAUUGACUGAGACUGAGGAGAAGACCAAGGAAUAUGAUGAGAUUGCCUUCAAGUACAUGUACAUUGCUGGCGUUCCUCUUCUGAUCGCAUACGGCAUCUACUCUCUUUACUACGAUUCACACAAGUCGUGGUACUCUUACAUCAUCACAACCCUGGUAGGAUCCGUCUACGCCUACGGAUUCCUCAUGAUGAUUCCUUCGCUGUACAUCAACUACCGCCUGAAGAGUGUUGCACACAUGCCCGCCAAGGCCAUGAUGUACAAGUUCCUCAACACCUUUAUCGAUGAUUUGUUCGCGUUUACCAUCAAGAUGCCCUUCCUCCAUCGCCUGGCAACUCUCCGUGACGACGUCAUUUUCUUCAUAUAUCUAUACCAGCGAUGGGCUUACCGCAUCGACUACACUCGUGUCAACGAGUUUGGCCAAGGUGGUGAAGACGAGGCCGUCGACGACAAGAAGGCAAAGGAUGAGGCCAAGGACAAGCUGGUUGAGGAUGUCAAGGCCGAAGCCAAGACCACUGGCUCGGAUACCGGCACUGCCAAGAAGCGGAAGUGA